AUGGUCAAGAAGUUUUUUUCUUCUAAGCGUCUCCUCAAACAGAUGAACAAGACUUAUAUCUCACUAAUUUCUAAGAAAAGUAAACCAUGUACUCCUUCUGAAUUCAGACCUAUUGGACCUUGUAAUACUUCAUACAAGAUCAUAUCAAAAAAAUUAGUAAGGAGGAUGAAACCUUUAAUGGAGAGAAUAAUUUCACCUUAUCAAGCUGCUUAUGCGUCAGGUAGGCUCAUCAAUGAUAGUACUAUCAUAGAUCAUGAUCUUAUACAUUCUAUGAAGAGGAAAGAAGGUCAAGUAGGAUGGCUAGAUCUUAAACUAGAUAUGUCAAAAGCCUUUGAUAGGCUUGAGUGA